AUGCGGUUUGGCAAACACAAGAAGGUGAAGAAGAAGGAAGUCGCGGCGAACAGCGCAGGUGACGAGAAGGACCGGGCGCGAGCGGCGAUGGAGGCGCAGUACAAGCGGAAGCCCAAACCGUUCUACUUUCGCAAGAACGCCCUGCUGGCCUCGUGCGCCGUCAAAUCCCUCUUCCUCCUGCCCCGACGCUUCAAGCGGGGACCCAUCUACCCGUCCUACACCAAGCGCCUCGAGGUGUAUUACCGGUCCGUGAUGAAAGUGGCCGACCACCACUACCUGCUGAGCUGGGAAGACCUCAGGAAUUUGUACCCGGUACCGCGCACGCCCAAGGACUCCUACCUGCGCAAGGUCACGCUGCCGUGCGGCCUGCGCGGCGAGUUCGUGUGCUGGGUGCCCAAGCGUGAGGCGCGCGAGAUCCGGAAGCGCGAGGAGGAGUACGAGCGCCUCAAGGCCCGCCACGAGAAGGAGGGCGCCGAGCUGCCCGAGGAGUCGCCCUACUUCCGCAACAAGCCCACCAUCAUGUUUCUCCACGGCGGCGGCUUCUGCAUCGGGACGGUGCCGUCGUACAGGGCGUGGUGUUGGAAGCUGAGCAAGCUGCUGGGCGGGAUGCAGUUCUUCCUCCCCGACUACACGCUGUCGCCCGAGGUCACCUUCCCCGUGGCCCUCCAGCAAUGCUGGAAAGCCUACCUCUGGAUUCUCAACCCCAAGGGUGGCGGCAUUCCUGCGGACCGUUUGAUUCUUGCGGGCGACAGCGCGGGCGGCAACCUGACGCUGUCGCUGCUCUACGUGAUCCGUCAGGUGCGCCUCGAGAAGGAGCGCAGCGAGCUUCAGAAGCACCGCGAGCGCCGCCUCAGCCUCAGCGCCAGCGGAGGCGGCUCUUUCACGACGCGCAGUGUCGACAAUCAGCAACAUCAGCAGCAGAGGGAGUGGGAGAAGGGGCCGGUUGAGCGGUGGAUCGAGAAGGAGCGCGAGCGCGAGGAGGUGGUCACGAGCGAGGCCGUGGAGAAGGUGCUCCAGACGCGCCGACAGCAGCAAAAAUCCAAAGAAAGCGGCGAUUCCGGAGACGACGACGCGGCCGAGGCCGACAAGACCAGCGAGCAGCGGUGGCCGGCGAGCGACAUGACAGAGAGCCAGCACCGCGCGUGGGAGCGGCGCACGCUCGCCUCCGACGACAAGUUCAUGAGCAAGCACCAGCUGCCCUUCGAGCUCGCCGACGACGAACGCGACGUCUUCCCGCCCACGCCCCUCGCCGCCGUCCUCCUCUCUCCCUGGGUCGACCUCAGGUCGUACCCGCAGCCCGAGAAGUUCCGGCCGUACCACAUCGGCCUGCGCUUCGUGCAGGGCUACCUCAACCUGCAGCCGUCGGACUAUCCCUUCACCAAGAAGAAGGAGCGCCAGCUGCGCCGGCCGCUCCGGGGCGGCCUGCGCGCGCAGUCUCAGGAGAGGCACGCCACGCGCGAGAAGGACCGCGUGCGUCUCAAGUGGGUGAAGAAGCGGUGGGAGCGCAAGUACCUCAAGCAGAUCCUCUACGAGGAGCUGCGCCUGCGGCAGGUCGACCGCGACGAGCGCCGCCAGGCGCGCCGCCGGCACGAGUCGCUCGCCUCCCUGCGCGACGAGGAGCACGCCGCCGAGCGCGAGCGAUCGCGCACCGAUCUCCACGCUUCCGCCGCAGCCGACCGCGGCGUCGGCACGAGCGCCGGCGGCAACGGCGACGCCGAGCGAUGGCGCGGGCAGACGAUGGAGGAAGAGGAGGAGGAGAGGCGGCGGCGGCGAGGCGACGUGCAGGAGGAGCUGUCGGACGAGCGCGGGAAGGAGCGGAACAAGACGAGCAUUUACUCGCCCUACAUUUCGCCGGUCUACGGCGACCUGCUGGGCCUGCCGCCGCUGCUCAUCACCGGCGGCGACGUGGAGCCCCUGUGGGAGGACAUCCGCACCAUCCACCACAAGGCCGUCGAACAGGGCGUUGAGGCUGAGCUGUAUGUGGGCCACCACAUGAACCACGACUUCCAGUUCUUCUUCAACGUGAUGCCCCACCCGGAGGUGCAGCGGUUCUUCACCCACGUCAAGGACUGGCUCGAGCAGCGCAUGAACAUCCGCCGGGCGCACGAGGCCGACCUCGUGCGACGGCACAGCCUCGUCACCUCCGCCACCACCUCCACCACUCCCGGCGCCGGGCCUCACACCCAGCCCAGCCCCGACCACGCCCGGGCCGCCACUGACCCCGUCGACAUGUCACCGCCGCCAUCGCCUGCGAUGAAGGAGGCGGAGCCGGCGGGGGCCAGACUGGUCGAUGAGCAGCUGACGAGGCGGCCGACUGCCGAGGAGCCAACGUACGCCGCGAAGGAUGUGACGACCACGACCACGACCACUCCAAAGAAGAAGAAGAAGAAGAUGGCGACGACGACAACAGGCGAAGGCGAGGUCAAGGUGACAGUUCUCCCGGGGAAGCCGCCCGUGGGCUUGUUCGGCCCGGAACCGCUGGAUGACGAGGAGGAGGACCUGGAGGCCCUCUACGCCGUGCGCACGCCGCCCUAUCCCGUCUAG